GAUUAGCACCUAAACCCAACCCUUGCAUAUUUCGCUCUCUUAUCUUUAUAAAUUAUAAUAUACAAUAUACAAUUAUAUGAUUUUAGUAUCAAUCAAUGUAUAUAGCAUGAUAUUACGAUGAAUCAACAGAAACAUAAAUUAUAAAAACCCUCAAAUUGCGUGGUGGGCGGGGCGCCCUUAAUAUAUCCGUUGGCCCACCAUCACAUUAAACUGGCGCCAACCAGCAUGCAACCAUUCUUUGCUGCUUGCCUUUAUACCCCGAUAGAAUCCCUCUCCAUUAUUUGUUGUUUAUUCAAACAACCCAAAACUUUAAUUCGCUUUUCCCGAAAUUCUCUGCAUAAUCAAUCGAUUACCGGCAGAGACAAUACUGACGUUACAGGAGGCAGAAGCCACCCCCUUUUCGAUUAUGGCGGAGCUGGAUAAGAGAGGUGGCGAACAGGCUGCGGCGGAGGAGGAGAGGUUGUUGGGGGAGGAAGCUGCCGUGUUGGAUUUCGACACGCUGUGCUCAACCGUGGCGAUGCAGGCGCAGCAGGGGAAAUGGGGAAAGCUAAACGGAGAUAAUGAAGAGGAAUAUAUUGUGUCUAAUUUUCGUGAAUAUGGAGGCGGUGUGCAUAGAAUGUGGGAAGGUGAGCUCUUUUACGACUGCUUCGAUGAUCGGCGCCUCGCUCUGCAAUCGUCCUGUUGCCCCUGCUACAGAUUUGGCAAGAAUAUGAAACGAGCUGGAUUUGGCUCUUGUUUUCUUCAGGGAUCUAUCCACUUGAUUCUUCUCGUCAUUGCCCUCUCCAAUCUGCUAGCAUUCACAAUUACCAGAAAAUGCUACUUUCUAUAUUUGGCCAUAUCUUUUGCCCUCUCAGUUGGAACAUAUAUGGGAUAUUACCGUAUACAGAUAAAGAAGAAGUUCAAUAUAAAAGGUGGUGAUACUUCCUUUGAUGACUUUGUUUACCAUGUUAUUUGUCCGAGCUGCAUGUUAAGUCAGGAGUCGAGGACAUUGGAGAUGAACAACGUCCAGGAUGGGAUCUGGCAUGGGAGAGGGGACACCAUAUGCGUGGGAAGCUUCUCCGAAGACAGUAAAGCAUACUUGGAGUUACAUCCACCUUUUGUUGUGUCAACCAAGUGUCCACAACUCCUCAGCAUGCAACAAACCUCCGACGACACCAUUAUUUUGCCGACUUCUGUGGUGGGGAUUGUGUGAAUUGUUGCCUACACUAACUUGUGGAGAUGAAGGCGUCGUCAGUAAGUUUCUUCAAACUGUGCUGGAAUCUGGGAAUAUGUUGAGCAUAUUUAUGUGAGGUGGCAAAAUUAUUGUUCAAAAACGCCACGGAAAAUAGUUGGGAUUCCAGAAAAUAUUCUGGCAAUAUGGAGCCCGUUGCUGCUUAGGAUGUCGAAAUCGGUGUACAUAUAUCGGACUGCAAUGGUAAAUGUAAGUUAUCAUAAUUCUUUUAAAAGAGAAAUUCAGUGCAAGAA